AUGUCAUUUUUUGGAUUUGAUCCGACAAAGCCUCCGCAGAGUGGGAGAGGCGAAGAAGUGUAUGAUUUUGAAAACACGUACGAUGGGUUGGGAGAAAUAGAAGAAGAUGAUGCAUUGAACACUGAAACUUUUGGAACAAAUGUUGCAGAAAUAAGAAAAGAUUUUGAUUUUGGCAAUGAGAGCUCAGGUAAUAAAUCAGCGCCAGCUCCGACACAAAAGAGAAGCUAUGCUCAAGCCGCUCAAGCUGCACCCGUUAAUGAUGAUGAGUUCAUGCAAGAACUAUGGGGUACAUCAAAUGCUCCAACCAAGGCAGAGAAUGACUUUCAAAACCAGGGAUCUUCCGCUUCUCAACCAGAGAAGAAGAUAUUGUCAUUGGAAGAAAUUGAAGCUCAAUUGACUGCCAUUGAUCAAUCCCAGCCUCAACAACCAAGACCGCCACAUCAGGGCUUCAUGCAGCAACCGGGACUGUUUCCGCCUCAUGGUUAUGGCAUUCCAGGUAUGAUGCCUCCACCAGAUCAAUUUAACGGUUAUAUGUUCGGUGGGUAUAUGCCACCUCAAUAUGGUUUUCCUGGAGGGGCACCGCCUCAACAGUUGCCACCAUUACAAGGACUUCCACCACAUAUACAGCAACAGUACCAGCAACAACAACAACAGCAGCAGCAACAACAACAACAACAACAACAACAACAACAGCAACAGCUUCCUCAAGGUUUGCAAAAUCAACCCCAGCCUGCAGUUAGUGUGAAUGUACAGGAACAACCACAAGCGCAAGCAGCUACAAGGGAUGUUGCUUCACAACAAGCUCAUCAAAAGCCUCAGAAGGUAGACUUAUCUCAGUUUCCUGUACUAGGUAAGGAAGCGUUGCAACAGCACCACCACCAUGCUCAUCAACAGCAAACUUCUUUGCAUCAGCAACAGCAACAACAGUAUCAGCAACAGCAGCAAUCUGAAAUGAAACAUCAAAGACAAUACAACCAACAGGCAACCCAUCAGCAAUUGCAGGAUUUUACUCCAGAGCAGCAAGCUAAAGCGGCAAAGAGACUAGAAAAGGUGUCGAGAAUUAUGAAAUAUUCUGGUAUCAUGAACCCAAGGGAUAAGGAUUUUGUUACGAGAUUCCAAUUAUCUCAUAUAGUCACUGAAGACCCGUACAAUGAGGAUUUUUACGCCCAAGUCUACAAGGUUAUCCAUCCUAAAAUUGUCAAUGGUGCUCCUCAGCCAGCUGUUGGACAACAAAAUAACUCAAUUGCUCAAGCCUAUUUGGAUCACAGUGGACACAGAUUGGGCGGACGUUACAAGAGGGCAGAUGUUGCAUUACAAAGAAUGCAGCAGCAGGUGCAGAAAGCUGUUCACGUUGCAAAGGGAAGACCAAAGUUUAAUCAGUAUGCAAAAGAAGGUGCUUUGGGUAAGAUUUCAUUUGCUAGUGGAAAGAAGCCAAGACAACAAUUGGAAAUCAUUAGUAAAGCAGCUGAGAGAGAAAAAAAUGAGGGUGCAAUUGAUGAUUCUAAGAAAGAAGAUAUAAAGAGAUACUCACGUAAGGACAUUUUUGCAAUCUUGGAAAACAUCAUUUCAGAAUUGAUGAAUGUGGAAAGCGAGUCUAGAGUUUCAUCAAGUGUUGAUACAACGAAAUUGUGGGAAUCCAUGAAAGUUUUAGAACAAGCAUCCAGCUCAGGUGAUGAUGAAGCUGAAGUGAAUCCAUUUAUUCAAUGUUUGAAUUACAACAAGAUGUUGAAAGUCUUGGUUCGUCUUUUUAAAUUUUUGAAUCGUGAGCAAAUAUUGACCAUCACCACUUUGAUCAUGUCUAAUUUGGAAAACUUAUCGGUUAUCAAGAAUGGAUCUUAUACAACAUAUCCAGAUAAGAAAGUGCCCGAAAGAAUUUUGAAACUUGUUGAUGCUUGCUCAAUGACAUUUUCCAAAAUUUUAAUCAAUGCCGUGCUGGAAUUCAAGUUUAAUGAAAUCAUUGGAUUGUUGGUGAUUUUAAUUGAGCACAACAAUGUAUCAUUUGUGUCCACCACCAAGAUUGGUCUCACAAUUCUCACCACCUUGUUGUCGCGGGCAGAGUUGAUCAUUGGCGAGGGCCAAAUAUCAGCUACUGAUUUGUCAGAAUGGACAUCAUGUUAUGAUGAGUUAUUCACUGCGUUAGAGUCAAGAAUUGCUGCCAUUUUCCCACCUCAUCCAGUUGAUGUUGAUGAUGGAUCAUCUAAAGAAAACUACAUUUGGCAGUUUUUGGCCACAUUGUCCUUGGGUGGUAAAUUGAGUCAUCAAAGAAUUAUAGUUGAUGAGGUUAGAGAUGAAAUUUUCGGGGUCAUGAAUAGGGCCAAGGCUAUUGACAAUCAAGAUUUGGCCAAUUUAUACAAAAAGCAAAACUUGUUGAACAAUUUGAAUAUGUUCCUUGUUGUUAUGGGAUUAGUUGCUGAUGAAAAUGACAUCAAGGAAAUUUAA